AUGGAACUUAUUACCGAGAAGCCAGACUGGGAGCGGAAAGUCUUCGACGCGCAUAUCACGACCCAAUGGCGCGAAAACAUUGCGCAGAGCGGUCAGGAUAUCACGCCCAAGAUGAUGGAUUGGAUCAUCAAAGAGCUGCAGUGGAAAGCGGGGAUUUCGGCGCAAACCGGGUUCGUAGAGGCUUUCGACGGUGGUGUCAUUAAGUCCGAUACUGCUAUCUCGAAAGAAUUACAAGACGCGCUGAAAGAGGCGGUGAUUCCUCUAGAAAAUUUCCCCGAAGAGGAAAAAGACUACCACCCGGGCUCGGAUGGCAAAGUCGUUGAUCUGGUGCAUCCGUCGCUUUUCCCGGUGAUCUACGGGCGCACGCGGGUCCUUCCUGACCGCACGAUUGGGAUAGAUGACUGUCUAGACAGCAUGGGAGAAGGUCGGUUGCUUCCUAUCCCGGAAGCCGAGGCUUCUCUGCAGGAAGGCCGGUAUCGCACGCUACCGCAUCCUGCGGCCCUGAGCACCAAGUUCCAGUGGCUGCCUUGCGAUGUGAAGAUCAGUGAAGACGGCACUUGUCAGAUCCUGUCUUACAUCAAUAAUGCGCACCCUGUCAAGCUCCGCGCACUUUACAAGGUUGUCGAAAAGAUUCUCGCACAGAUCAUCCCCUUAUGGGAACAUUCUUUGAUAUGGCAAAGAAGUGACGAUGAACGAAUCACGUAUACGAAAGUUGAGUACGAGGACGGCGGCACGACUGAGCUAGAGUAUCCCGAAGAGGCAACUGUGGACGAUGAUGUGUAUGAGGAAUGGGAGGAGCGCAUGACCGCUUGGUACAAGACCCGGAAGAUUGUCAAGCCCGAGCCGGGGGAGUUCAAGCCUAUGGAGGAAAGAGAAAAGCCCAACUUUGUGAAAGACUUUUCCGAGGGCAAGAUCCAGGUUAUCGUGAAGCUGGCCAAUAUCGAGUUGACGCCUGAAAAGCCCGAGUACAAAGGGGGGGAGUUGAACGAACGAAUCGCCGCAUCGGCAAUCUACUACUACGAUAUUGAAAACAUCACCCCAAGCUCACUCGCGUUCCGCCGCCGCGGAAUGAGCGAUAUGUACGGGAUGGAGUACGAGCAAGGUCGACAUGAGUUCAUGCAACAAGUAUACGGCUACCACGAGGGUCUUUAUAGUAACAGCGACGACCUGAUCACGCAAGAACUAGGAGGCGUAGUGUCCAAAGAAGGCCGCCUUCUUACGAAGAUGCUGGCUUUGUUCCUCGUCGAUCCACAUAUACGGAUUACCUCGUCUGCGAAUGUACCGCCGCAACGUGAGGACUGGCGACCGGCAACGCAGAAUCGUGUUACAGAGGCACAGCAGGGGCUGGACGGAGAUAGGGCCGGCUUGAUGACCAUGGAAGAGGCCAAGGCUUAUCGGGUUGAGCUUAUGGUAGAGCGUGGACUCAAGUCCGAAAACCACAAUGCUAUAUUUCAAUUAGGGAAUUUCUGUCUUUGCGAGCAUUAG